AUGGAGCGACGAAUGCGUUUCAAGGGAACCGCCAUGGCCAGCGGCUGGAAGCACUGGAUUAAGGUGGGAUUAUAAUGUGUAAUAGACCUUGGAAAUUUGUCUUAUAGGCAGAUAACAGCAAAAAAUAGUUCAAAAAUAUAAAAAAAUACAGUAAUUUUAAACAAAAAUACCGUGAGGAUCACUUUUGACGCAUUUUUCUCAUUUUUUCGCAAUUUUUUGACUAAAACUCAUAAAAAAUCAAUCAAAUCAAACCUUUUUAUUUAUUGUAAAUACACUGUAGAGUGUCUGCAACCUCCGUAAAAGCUGAUUUUACUAUCAGAUUACUGUAAUUUGCCUUAAAAUCCAAUUAACCCUAAAAAUUCCCAAAUUUCCCUCAUUUUCACUAAAUUUCUCAUAAAAAUUGCAAUAUCUACGGCAAUAAUUCUUUCCAACAACAUGUCAGAGGCAUCAGUCUUCUCUCAAAACUAUUAAUUUUGCAUUUAGAUUAGUGUAAUCUACAUAAAACUCAAAAUUUCCCCAUUUUUCCGAGAUUUUUCGCUAAAAUCUCUCAAUUUUCUGUAAAUACCAUCCAUUUUGCUGAGCUUCAGUGCAUGAUACAGGAUAAUCUGCUGCAAUCUGCUGUUGGAAGUUCUAUACGUAUCUUUAGAACACUGUAAUAUGCGUAAAAACUCGUAUUUCUCUCAAAAUCCGGGAAAAUUCCCAUUUUUCCUAGAUUUUUUGCAAAAAUCUCUAAAUUUUCGGCGAAUACUGGUCAUAGCGAUGUAUCUUAGUGUUUCAUAGGAAGCACUAUGCUCUUAGAACUUCUGUACUUACCUUUAGAAUACUUUAAUUUAACGUUUUUGCCUUGAUUUCCCCGAAAUUGCCCUAAAAAUCAGCGUUUUUCAGCAAAAAACGCAAAAAUGUUCUGCAAUACCCACAUUUUCAACGUUAUCAAACCGGAUUAGCCAAGAUUUGAGCCGUUAAAAAGAACGUAUACGGAUUAGAAAUGAAAUGAAUUUUGAAUGGGGAUUACCAGCUGUUACAUUGGUAUCUUACCGAUGAAAAAAGCAGAUAUAAUGCCUUCAAAAUCUCAUUUUUGAUUCGUUUCAUAAUUUCCAGUCUCGCUUUGCUACUUUAUGAGGCACUGUUUGGUCAGCCAUUAUCCUAGAGGCUUGUUCAAAUACUAAUCCCUAAAUGGGACAUAGAAAAACAAUCGCUAAAUGGGACAUAGAUCCGAAUAAUUCGAGACCUUAAAUUGAGCUUCUAUUGAUCUACUCUUGUUCCUUCUGCUGCAUGAAACAGAAGCAGAGCAAGAUGAAGUUCUUCACGGCAAAUCGCAAGUUCAAAGUGAGAAAUUUUGGGGUUGCGACUUUUCGGGUCAACUACAGCUAAGAUCAACGAUACUAUGGAGUAUUAUUCUCCAUAGUAUCGUCGGUUGUAUGUAUAGGAGAGGCUAGGAAAGGGCUUGUUUAUAAAGUAGAAAUAAUAAGAUUGAUCGGGUUCAUUUUACAUCUACAGUGGCGGACCCGAUCCAUUGACAAAAAACAUAUCAUUUUGCAUCACGGAAGUAUCAAAAAUGUGGCAAAAUACCUCCAUUUCCAAGUGAAAGACUCCGAUUUUAAAAGCGCGCUUCUUCAAAACAGAGUUUUUUUACUUGGAGAGAGAAGCAUUUUGCCACAUUUUGGACACUUCCCGUGCGUUUUUUGUAACUGGAUCCGGUCCUCUACUGUACUCACAUCAAUAAUGAAUAGAUGAAAAGUCAGGGAUCUUCUUUUUUUUGCAUAAAAUUUUUGUGUUUUAUAUGUUAUAAUAGCUCAGGGCAAAGAGAGCUAACGUGAGUAAAAGCUAAACUUAGAGGAAAUGGAGGUAUUUCAAGCUUUUGCCAUGUCUCCGCCGAGCUUCCAACGGCUUUGCCAGGCCUCGUAGACACUUCCUAUAAGCUUUUUUUAGGCAUUUACCUGCUCUACACCACCUAUCGGUCGAUUUUGUGAUGACCUAAACCAAAAGUUAAGACGCAAAAAAUUUGAUUUUUAUCAGCAAAAAACCCCAAAUUUUUCUCAAUUUUCCCCCCUAUAUCUCCUAAAAAAACGAAAAAUUAUUAGUUGCAAUAGCACUGAAAGAAGUUAAAACCAAAGUAACCCAGUUUACAAAGCCCAUGUCAUAAUCAUAGCCCCAUAACAAGCUUAUUACGGAUGUCUUUUAGCCAAUUUCAGGGGGUGUUCCUCUUUCCCUUGCUUUUUAUCUUUUUGAACUUUUUGGUAAAUAAAAUAAUUGCCUUUAUUACCAUCCCCCUGCAAUACGUGCAUUUUCACACUGCUCUGGACAUGACUUUGGACUGUCUUUUUCCACUAGGCCGCCCAGAAAGUCUUGACAUGUUUUUGCACGGUGCGUGAAUUUGGCGUUGCGACGUGCUGUCGCGGGAUAAAAAUUGGGGGUUUUUGUGUCCGCACUGUGCACAAAAAUCCCCCGAUUUUUUGCACCGUGCAUUGAGCUUUUUCUUGGUUUUGCACUGUGCAUUUGAAAUAUCGCUGCGACGAAAGGUUUUUUCAAUUGCGCCGCUGCGAUUUUGAUCGAAAAUAUAGUCCAGCAAAAAAGUCCGCGGAAUGGCUGCACUGUGCUGUUCGCGCAUGCACUGUGCAUUUUUCAGCGCGCACAGUGCAAAUUAUAGGGUGCGCGCGACGGAAUUGGGGGCACAGUGCGAAAAGACGUUUCAAAGUCAUUGCACAGUGCAAAAAGUCCCCUUUUUUUGGGUUUGCACGGUGCGCUCGGUUUCGGCCGGAUUUCGGCGACGGCGCACGGUGCGGUUGGCUCCCCGGUUGGAUGCACAGUGCGGACUUCAAAUUACGCUUAGGGGGUUAAUAACUGCAGUAAAUUCGGACAUUGCUCGACUAAAAUGCAUGAUAAUUAUAAAAUGAUGACUGUAGAAAGGAUUGUGUAUUCAGUGGCGUUUUCUAGGGUUGUUUUACACCAAAAAUGUUGUCAUACAAUAAUUUUUGCACUUUCUGAGUGCAUUUUUUGCGAAAAAAGACCAUUUUUUGACUCUACAAAGGUGUUGACAACUUUAUUGACUCAAUAAUAUAUUUUGAGUCUUUCAAGUGUAAAUUUACUAUCAUUAAUUCAAGAUUACACAGUAAAAAGCUCAAUCUCUGGAGCGCCGCACAGUGCAAACCGAAGGAAACUUUGGGCUGCACUGUGCGCACAUGUGCUUUUUUCCCCCCAAAAUCAUUCCGCACUGUGCAAUCAAGUCAAAAAACGAACGAUUUCCCAAGCGACAGCCCCAAUUUCGGCGACAUGUCGCAAGAAAUUUCGAUUUUCCUUCAAAAAUCGCUGCGAUUUCCAAGGCGAAACAGAAAUCCAACUUGCACUGUGCGAAAAGCCCAGAAAUGGCCGCACAGUGCCGAUUUUGGCAUUUGCACUGUGCAAAAUCCAAAUGCACCGUGCGAAAAAUCAAUCGCGCGGUCUGCACUGUUCUGAUUCGAAACUGCACUGUGCGGGGUGCGAAAUCCAUUCCGCGGACUUUUUUGCUGGACUAGUACUAGUCGCGCCAUAAAGUCCUGACACAUUUUGCACCGUGCGAAAGUUCGGGAUUUGGACGUCGCGCCCCCAAAUUCGGGUUUGUCGCGCGCGAAAGUGCACGUCGCUAGCGCAAAAACGGGAAAUCGCGGCGACAAAUGCGAAAAGAUGCACCGUGCGGAUGAAAAUGAAAGAGAAAGCACGGUGCGAAAGUGCAUGUCGCUAGUGCAAAAAUGGAAAAUCGCGGCGACAAAUGCAAAAAGAUGCACCGUGCGGAUGAAAUGAAAGAAGAAUGCGCGGUGCGACGUCCAAACCCCGAACUUUCGCACGGUGCAAAAUGUGUCAGGACUUUAUGUCGCGACUAGUACUAUCAGUCUGUCGGAAAAAUAACGGCGGAUCGUCGCAUCAAAAUGUCUCGCCUCGCCGCUGUCGCGCACCAAAUCCCAAGCCGCCGCUUGCAGUCGCAAAGCGAUGAUGGGCGAUUCCGAGGCGCGACGAUCCGCCGUUUUUUUCCCGACAGACCGAUAGUCGCGCCAUAAAGUCCUGACACAUUUUGCACCGUGCGACUGUUCGGGGUUUGGACGUCGCGCCCCCAAAUUCGGGUUCGUCGCGCGCAAAAGUGCAUGUCGCUAGUGCAAAAACGGGAAAUUGCGGCGACAAAUGCGAAAUGAAAGAAGAAUGCACAGUGCGAAAGUUCGGGUUUGGGAUGUCGCGCCCGCAAAUUUGGGUUUGUCGCGCGCGAAAGUCCACGUCGCUAGUGCAAAAACGGGAAAUCGGGGCGACAAAUGCGAAAAGAUGCACAGUGCGGAUGAAAUGAAAGAAGAAUGCACGGUGCAAAAUGUGUCAGGACUUUAUGUCGCGACUAGUAUGCACAGUGCAAUCGGCUUUUUUGAGGUUUGCACGGUGCGCAAAGGCAAAAUUCCACAGUGCGUUGAAGACAAAGGUUCAAAGUUCAAGAUGCACUGUGCGAAAGAGAAAAAAUGUCCAGUCACUUUAUGAAAGUGCUAAUAGUUGCUGGAGUGACCUCGAUGACAUCACUGUGCGGAAAAAGUCGGGUUGCAGCCAAAAAUAAGUCUAUUGCACGGUGCAAAGAGCAGCAACGUUGCGCAGCGCAAAAAUUCAGACAUUUCCGAAGGCUUUUUGGCCCGCCUAGCGUUGCAUUUUGCAUUUUUUUGAGCUUUUUUCCUCAAAUUUCACUUAUAGGAGUACUCAAAAAAAUACAUAUAUGUGACGCUCGGAUUUUCUUUAAAAUUUGCACACAGCUCUGACAUAUGCCAUAUAUCAAUUCCAGCAAAUUUUAGCUCUCGCUUUUCAUGGGAAGCCGAGAUAUUCAACGAUCUUUUCGAGAGAGUACGCAAAUCGCGGAGAGCGGUCAGAGAGGAAAACACACUUUUUGACCGUAUCUUCGCCAUUUUCGUGCGGAAAACACUGAUUUUUUGUGGGAACAUUGCUCUUUACAAUAGAAAUAAGUCUUCUUAUUUUUAUGUCAAAAUCCGCAAAAAAAAUUGUCUAUUUUUUUCAACUUUUGACCGAAAAAUCUCGGUUAUUUCCGCAUAGCGCAAAGUAGGAGUAUCAUAUAUGUCUCAGAGAAAAUUAUUCUAAAUCUGCGGCAAGUUUCAUCGGCAUCUGAGCGUCGCACUUGAAGCUCUUCCCUUGCCAAAAUCCUCAUUUUUUCUCUCACGCCCGAGUUCACUGUGACCUCGGAACAUUCCAUUCCGGCGUUCUUUGACAUUCACGAAGCCUGUUCUUCAGCUGAACCUGAUCAAAUCGCCUGUCAAGCGGCCAUCCAAAGCCCUCCGGGGAUUUUUUCUCUCGCCCCCUAAUGAAAAAUUCGAACGUCUUCGAACCGCUCUUCAGAUUGCCGACGAACGGCGUUUCCGGUGGGAGCGGCGGGGACAGCGAGAAGACCCCCCAACACCUGUUUCUCCCGUCUUAAUGCCGGAGGGCAUGGCAUGCGGCCCGAGUCAUUAUUUUUUUUGUUUUCUGUCAUUUCGACGUGAGAGGACGGGUUCAGGGGUUGGCGAUGGGGAGUUGUACGAAGUUUAUGAGGUCCCGAGGCUCGUGAGCAGCGGAUCCGCAGUAGUUUCGGUGCGAAUAGUUGCCAUAUUGUGUGGGAAACGUGUUUUGAUCGGGAUUUCCGUGGAUUUCGGAGAUUUUUUGCUGAUUUACGUUAAAAACGCUUGAAGUACUAGGAAAAUCAAUGUUGUUUUUGGUCUACUAUACACCUCAUGGUCUUGUAAAUUUACGCGAGGAGUUUUGUCUUCUCUGGGUUACUGUAAUUUACCGAAAAAAUUGAUUUUUUGUCAAUUUCCUUCAUUUUUGCUCGAUUUUUUGCUGAUUUUACGUCAAAAGCACUUGAAUUACUUGAAAAAUCAUAGUUGUUUUUGGUCUGCUAUAGACUUCAUGGCUAGAGUAAAGUUUUUAAUGUCUCUUGUCCCGUAUUGGUUACUGUAAUUUACCGAAAAAAUCGAUUUUUUGUCAAUUCUCUCCAUUUUUGCUGGAUUUUUUGCUGAUUUUACGUCAAAAACACUGGAAUUACUGGAAAAAUCAUAGUUGUUUUUGGUCUACUAUAGGCCUCAAGGCUAGAGUAAAGUUUUUAAGGACUUUUUUCCCUAUGGGUUACUGUAAUUUACCGAAAAAAUCGAUUUUUCUCCAAAAUACGACAUUUUUCUUCAUUUUCCAAGAUUUUUUAUGUAAAUCUCCCAAAUUUUGUAAAAUACUGCAUAAAAUAUUCUUCAGUAAGAUGUGUCAGAGUGUAAUCCACAUCCAGAGCUUGUUUACUUUCCCCUGGAUUACAGUAAUCGUCAUUUUUCGUCGGCUUUCCCGCGAAUUGCGCUAAAAAUAGCGGUUGCUCGUCCAAAAAAGGUGAUUAUCCCCCGUGUUUUGUCAUUUACACCCUCGGCGACAACCAGUAACCCCUCUCUACUUCAUAAACACUAAUAGGCUCUUCUGCCAUUAUUUAUUCGGCUUUUGGCGGCGGAACGCGGCUGAGAUGACCAAAAUUAUCCGAAUCUGCCUUCAUAAUUGCACUUUUAAUGGCCCUAACUGAAUAAAUAAACAUUUGACGUCGGCGGGCUCAACUUGUCGAUGCCGUUUCGCCAAAAAUACGUGCCUUCUUCGACGCACAUUCAAAUGUUUACCGAAAUUUGCGCAAUUUCUGGGGGUUUUGCGAGAAAAAAGCGACAAAUCGAAUCGCAACCGAUGUGUAGCCAGCCACAACUGAUUAGGGAUUGGAAUACAUGUGGUGCCGAGUGUACCGAGUGCUACAGGCGCUCAAACAAGCCCGCUCUUCACGCCCAAUUUCCCGCAUUUCUUUCGCUUUCGCUUUCUUCUUCGCUUGCUUCGAGUUCAAUUCAAAGUUCCGGCUAUUUGCAGGUCUACGAGACAGCCAUGGCGUUGGGUGCAGGUGCUCCGCAGUCUUCCGCCUCGAUGAUGCAGUUCAGCGAGGAGAUUAUCAAACAAGUAAGUGCGGGGAAAUUCGCAGGAAAUUGCUGCUGGGCAAGUAUAAUAUUGGAAUUUUUGAAUAGAAAAAAUGAUGUAAACUCUGGGAAAUGUUGCUAAAAAUACUGUAAUUGGGCUUAGAAACAAUUUAGAAGGUGUUAAAUUGAAUGCCAAGAUGAUUCAUGUUUUCGUGGUGGGACUCAAAUUUAGUUGUGAUGACUGUUAAAUUAUCAAUAAGUAAUAGUAAAAAUUAGCCUGAAAUUGAUAACAAAAGAUUUUAAAUGUCCUAGAACAUACCGUACAAGUGAUAAAAAUGAAUGCCAAGCUGAUUCAUGUUUUCGUGUUGGGACUCGAAAUUAUAGCCAUCAAUGGUUUAAAAUCGCCAAAAAUAUUUACACUAUGUAAUACUAACCGCCUUUACAAACAUUUUUAAAUGUUCAAAACUUAAUGCCAAGAGACUUCAAGUCUUCGUGGUGGGACCCAAAAUUAAUUGCAAUUCCUUGGGAAAACGCUUUUUGGUCUGUAAAUUCUUUAUUUCGUAGUGUAUUGGGUAGUCAAUGUUUUUUUGGCAAAGUCCGGGCCAGACGCCCUCAGGGUUUUCGAAGUUGAGCAGACCUGAACUCAUCAAAAAUCCCAUUUCCAAAACUUGCGAAACGCACGCCGCCACUUCAGCCGCCGGUUGUGUGCAACCUCAAGAGGCCCGCAAAACCGUAAUCGACGCCGGAAAAACAACGCAAUUUGAAAUGCAAAUGGCCAAGGAGUGGCCAAAUAAAAAAGUGCAGUCAAAGAUCGAGGAAUUGCGAAUUCACCCCGAACAGCACACUUUAAUGACGUUGAAUCGGGAUUUGCGACGUUGUAGGGAGCAGUGAGCCCAUCGCUAAUUACUCGAAACUAAUUAAAAUUUAAUCUUUCUAUUUUUUUCGACCCUUUUUUCAGCGAUUUUAUUGGCCUUGAGGGAUAAAUUUAGCUGUGACGACGAUUUUUUUGAUCGACGGGGGGAAAAAGAGAUAAGGAAGAGUGGAUAAAAAUAGCGAAAAAGACUACGUAAUGGUGAGGUCAGAGGGGGGAUCGAAGAACAAUAAACAACAGUGAUGGGACAUUUUUAGGGUCAAGAGAAAGAGCAGUGAUUUACAAGGUAGUCCAUAUAUCAGUCUGUCGAAAAAAUAAUGAGCAUUGUCACAUCGAAAAUCGCAUCGCAAAAGCAAGAAGAAAUUUGAUUUCCCAGCGACACAAUUCAUUUUUCGGCAGCAUUUUCGAUGCGACAGAGCAUUCAUUAUUUUUCCGACACGCUGGUAUUAGUAAAUAUCAAUUCCGUAAAAACUGGGGUCUCUGGGAAAAAGUCCUUGAUUUUUUCGUUCAUGCUCCUCGAUUUUUUCGCGCACCAUUUUAGCAAUAUGUGCGUUGUCGGGCAAGAAGUGCACUUUGUCCAUUUCUCCUCUACCAUUUUUUGCAAAGCGCUCUAAUUGGCUGCAAUACACUUCUGCAGUGACUUAGCCAUUCUGCAAGCCCACCAAACGCACAACAUAACCUUAGGAAGUACACUUUGUCCAUUUCUCCUCUGGCAUUUUCUGCGAUUCAUUCCAGUUGGCGGCAAUACACUUUUGCUGUGGCUUUACCAUUCUGCAAGUCCACCAAACGCACAGCAUAAGCUUAGGAAGUACACUUUGUCCAUUUCUCCUCUUGCAUUUUCUGCGACGCAUUCCAAUUGGCGGCAAUACUCUUCUGCAGUGACUUAGACAUUCUGCAAGUCCACCAAACGCACAGCACAACCUUAAGAAGUACACUUUGCCCAUUUCUCCUCUUGCAUUUUCUGCAAAGCGCUCCAAUUGGUGGCACACGUCAAAAAAAUCUUUCAAAAAAUUGAAAAAACAAGGAAUCCCGGAUCAUUGAUUUUUUGCGAAGUGUCACCGAAUUAUCGAGUCCGAAAAAUUAUUUUUCUUCCAAUUGGCGGCAAUACCCUUCUGCAGUGACAGCUGUACAAUCAGGGAGUAUGUAUAUAUAACGAAAGACAACGACAAGGAGAUUUGAUAGUCGAGAGGAUAACGGCAAAGAGUAGUCGAUCGGUCAAGACGGAGAGUUUAUUCCUCAAAAGACGAGAAAGGAAUGAGACAAAAAGUGUAUUCUUGUGGCUUUUAUAGCCGAAUCCAUUAUGCAAAUUUGGCACUAUUGCCAACAGUAUGUUCCAAUAGAUCACUGCUCUCCAAGUACCUUAUUUAUCGCUCAAUUUUUCUCAUAUUUUUAAAUCAAAGUUUUUUACACGUGCUUCCCCCCAUUACUCCAUCAAAAUUCCAAAAAUAAAACAAUUUUUUCUCCUUUUAAGUGCAAUUCUCCAAUUAUUUUCCCCUGAUUUUGGCAGUUUCUCGGCGCUAACAUGUUGCUUCGUAUCUAGUUUAAUCAAAAACAACUCCCAAGUUCGGCGUGAAAAAACAGCCACAUAUACGGUGCAAAUGACGUGAAACCGACGCCCUUUUUGAUGUCUCAAUAAGACAAAAAUUAACAUGAGACAUGUCCAGACAUUCCUCCUCAUCAUUAACCUCAUAUUUCAAGCUGAUUUUGGGUUCGUCGCCUGCGGGGAUUUAAUUGAAUUCGCGUUUAAUCAGCCCCCAUUUAAGGAGGGGGGCAGUUUGGGCCCGGCCCACCGCCGCUGCCGACAAAACGGAGAGUAAAAAAUCUCGAGGAAAAAACGCCCGAGGGGACAGAUUAUCCGCUCUCUCUCCAAUAUUGCGCUUCGGAUUCUGCGAACACGCGCGCUCCCGCUAAUUUAUUCUAAUUGGCCAAUAUUCGACUAAAGGCCUCCGAAAAAGUAUCUAAAUUCCCCCGCAAAUACGUCAAAUUUACCGCUAAAAAUUUUUCAACACCUGGGGGUCCUUGAAAUGUCCUCUACAUCGGAUGAUUUGCAGCUGACUCCCGAGGAGAUCGACGAAUUCCGCGAGGCCUUCAUGAUGUUCGACAAGGACGGGAAUGGGACCAUUUCCACCAAAGAAUUGGGCGUUGCGAUGCGAUCGUUGGGGCAGAAUCCCACUGAACAAGUAAGCUACAGUAUUCACAUCUUGAUUUUUUAUCUUUUUACAUCUACUUGACAUCAAGUUUGAGUUGAAAUUUUCAAGUCAAGUCUUGUCAUCUAAAAUUUAGAAAAACCUUCGUAUUUUAGUUGCAGAAAAGUUGUCCAGCAUGAAAAUGGUAGCAAAAUAAUCCACAGGCUAUGUAGAAUCUAUUGAUGUCAACUUUUGGAAUUUUAGUCCGUCAUGAUGACGGAUUUUCUAGACACUUUUUGAAAAUUUGAUUUUUGAAAUUUUGUAUUAUCAAAGUUUAAAGUUUGCUUUUUUAUCGUUGAUUCUAUUUGAUAGUAGGGUAUAAUGCAAGUAAAAACAUAAAAAAUGUUUUUCAUAAAGCAUUCACACCUUAUACUAGACGUUUUCUGACUAUACGUCAUCCAAAAGCGUUGAAUUCAAAACAACCACUUUUACGGCGUUUUAAAGUUAACGUAUCAUGCUCCUACGCUCUCACACUUGGAGAUUAUCCCGUCUACCGCAUGUUUAAUACCUUUGAGCCUGCGCCACACCACUAAUUACAUCCGUUUUCAGGAGAUUCUGGAGAUGAUCAACGAGGUCGACAUCGACGGCAACGGACAGAUCGAGUUCCCCGAGUUCUGCGUGAUGAUGAAGCGCAUGAUGAAGGAGACGGACUCGGAGAUGAUCCGCGAGGCCUUCCGCGUCUUCGACAAGGACGGGAACGGCGUGAUCACGGCCCAGGAGUUCCGCUACUUCAUGGUCCACAUGGGCAUGCAGUUCAGCGAGCAGGAGGUGGACGAGAUGAUCACCGAGGUCGAUGUGGACGGUGAUGGGCAAAUCGACUACGAGGAGUUUGUCAAGAUGAUGAGUGAACGAUAA